AAGAUGAAGUUACAAAUGAAUCCGAUGAUAGUGAAUCUGAUGAUAAUGGUGAUUUUGAAAUAUUUGAGGAUUAUGUACCACCAGAUUAUGAGCCAUUUCGAGAUCCACCAAGUACAGAAUCAAUUGAUGAUGACCAAUUUUUAUGGAUAUUAAUUUGGAUCAUGUCAUUUCGGAUAUUUAACAUUACAGAGUCUGCAACUGAGGCUUUGAUAAAAUUUAUGAAAUUGGUUUUAACAGAAAUCGGAGCUGAUGAUUUCAAAGACUUUUCAAAUUCAAUAUUCUUAACAAAGAAGACAUUUGGAAUAAAAGACAGAUUUCAACAUUUUGUUCUUU